UCUCUCAGGCACACACACGCGCACACACACACACACACGCACCCACCCACACAUACGCACGCACACACACAGGCCCUCUCACUGUCCGAGUCAUCGUUUUCUCUGUCACUCCCUUGCUUUUUGUCCUCGAAUCUCCUCGUCCCGCUCACGCUGUCCCUGUCUGUUGACACUUGCCCGCCCCUCUCUGGGCGCCUCUCUCUCCAUCUCUUAGCUGCCUCUCCCCUGACUCACAUUCUCCUUUCUCACUCUCUUGCUCACGCUCGUGCUAGGCGGCGUGUCUCUCCUCGCCCUGACUCUCCCCCGAUGGCCACUGCCCACCCCCCACCCUGCCCCUCGUUCUGGGAAAAACCCCCUUGCGGUACCCAGGGCCUGGGUGACCCAACUCGAGGUUCUGUAGCGUGCCCUUUCCGCUGACGGGGCCCUGGGGUCACGGCAUUUCCUCCUGGGGGUGACUUGGCAGUGAUGCGCGCCGUUUCCUUACUUCUGCAAUUACAGACAGCACAGAGCCCGCAGCUGCCGAUAUGCUCAGACCUCGCAGCGGCAGCCACUGCCCCCGGACAGGAACAGGCAGGAUCCUAUGACCAGCAGCCACUUCCAGCCCAUAGCGAUGGAGCCAAAUAAUUCCUUUCGUGUGGACUCCGAGUUCCGAUACACCCUCUUCCCAAUUUUUUACAGCAUCGUCUUUGUGCUGGGGGUCAUUGCUAACAGCUAUGUGCUGUGGGUCUUUGCCAACUUGUACCCUUCCAAGAAAUUCAACGAGAUAAAGAUCUUCAUGGUGAACCUCACCAUGGCUGACCUGCUCUUCCUGGUCACCCUGCCCCUGUGGAUCGUCUACUACUACAACCAGGGCGACUGGAUUCUCCCCAAAUUCCUGUGCAACGUGGCUGGCUGCUUCUUCUUCAUUAACACCUACUGCUCAGUGGCCUUCCUGGCUGUCAUCACUUACAACCGCUUCCAGGCAGUGACAAGGCCCAUCAAGACUGCUCAGGCUACCACCCGCAAGCGUGGCAUCCUUCUGUCCCUGAUUAUCUGGGUGUCCAUUGUGGGCGCAGCAUCCUACUUCUUCGUCCUGGACUCGACCAACAAGGAGCGCAGCAAGAGCGGCUCGGGCAACAUCACACGCUGCUUUGAGCAUUACGAGAAGGGCAGCAUCCCAGUCCUCAUCAUCCACAUCUUCCUCGUGUUCAGCUUCUUCCUCGUCUUCCUCAUCAUCCUCUUUUGCAACCUGGUCAUCAUCCGCACGCUGCUCACGCAGCAGGUGCAGAUGCAGCGCAAUGCCGAGGUCAAGCGCCGGGCUCUCUGGAUGGUCUGCACGGUCCUGGCUGUGUUCAUCAUCUGCUUCGUGCCCCACCACCUCGUGCAGCUGCCCUGGACCCUGGCCGAGCUGGGCUUCCAGGACACCGACUUCCACCAGGCGAUUAACGAUGCGCAUCAGGUCACUCUCUGCCUCCUUAGUACCAACUGCGUCUUAGACCCCAUUAUCUACUGUUUCCUCACCAAGAAGUUCCGCAAGCACCUCACGGAGAAGUUCUACAGUAUGCGCGAGAGCCGGAAGUGCUCCCGGGCCACCUCGGAGACGGGCACGGAAGUGGUCCUGCAGCUCAAAGAUGGCCCUGUCAAAUCCCUCAGAAAUUAGUCUAACUGUUGGAGCCAGGCCCGGAGGCUUCUUCUCCACGGACAUCAUCGACUGACCUGAGCGGGGCGGGGAGGGAAGGGGUGUCUGCUGUGGUCCUAGCACCUCCUCCCUGGGCACUGGUGGCUGGUUAGGUAUGGAGGCUGCCUCACCAAGGUGGGGGUGCUGGCAGAACCAGACAGCUGGGAAAUUCAGAACUUGAACGAGCCCCUUCAGCCACCUUUGGACGCAUGCCAUAUAACCUUGGCUGGCAGAGUCAUCCCAGUCUGAUGGCUCUGGAAGGGAUGUCAGGACCAGGAGGCAGUCCUUGUGAGCAGACUCUGAGUCACCCAGUUCACCCUACCAGGGCGGCAGUCCCAAAUGAGUCAGGCCUACAGUUUUGGACCACCACUCUCAUCACUGAAAAGGCAGAGAAGGGGUUUGGGGAAAGGGAUGCUCCCCUGGCUAUGGCACUGUCUUUGGAAUCGACUUCUGAGCUAGGAAGAUCCCACUCAGUCUCCACUCACAGGCACAAGGUCUUUGCGACACUUCCUAGGGGAGUGUCCCAGGUGGAAGGGGAGCCACGUCCACCUGGCUUGGUGGAACGUUUUCCUAAUUCAUGUAUAAACCUCUACUGAGUGGUGACCAGAGAAGAUACAUGCAUGGGCCAAAAACUAGAACAGGGAGCCUUUCUCCUGAAUCAGAUGAGUCUCUUCCACCGGCCUGGGGCAGCUCUGGGGCGGCAGGAGAAACACAACCGCCACUUCCACUGUCUGUCUCAACAAGGAACUCUGAGGAAGUAACUCCUGUGAGGCAGCCACCCACUGUGGGCGGGCAAGCCCCGCCAAAGCCAAAUGGGGGCCCUCCAGGCCACUGUGAUGCCCAGAGGCUUCCAUGGGAAAUGGCACUCAGGCUGAGAAGUGCCUGCGGGUGAGUGAGGCCUCCAGGGUGGAAGGAGCCUGGCAUCUCCCCUCCCCGCCUCACUUUCUGGGAGGCCCCUCUGAUUGAGCUCCCAGGAGGUGAGGGGAGCACCUACAAUCCCUAGGGCAGGCAGGCACUUUGCACUCUGGGUGCAGAAGAGAGGGGGAAACUGCUCUUGAGGAGCUUUGGAUGUCUGAUCCUCCUCUAGCUCCCUGAGCACCUGCGGUGUGAACCUGGCAGCCUCAGACUCAGGGGCUUGGAGGAGCUGCCCCGAUUUCCAGAAACCAUCCUCCCUUCCAGCCAGUGUCCCUGCAAGGCUGGGAUCCUGGUUUCCGGCACACUGGGCUGAUUUUGAUAAAUGCCUAUCAAUGGGCCAGUGACCUGCUUGGUCCGGUCGCCAUGGGCUGGACUUAGGAGAGGUGACCGUGUGAACAGUGCAGUGGAUUUGAACUUUGGUGUCACACAGACGCCGGUUCAAGCUGCGGCUGUGUCACUUCCUGCCAAAGGACUGUGAGCUGGAUUUCCUACCUCAGAGUUGUUAGGAGGAUCAGAUACCUCUUGGUCAGGGUGACUGCUCCUCCCAGAGUCUCUCUGUUUUUGAGAUUUUGUUCCCCCUAAAUCUUCCAAUAGGGGAUGAGAGGUGAGUGUCUGGCUCUUGUGGGGUCAGACAGGUUCUCCCUUGGGAAUAAGCAGCAAAAUUCAGGGAUGCUUUUUCAGGUUCUGCGGGCCACUCACUUGAACGCAUAUAAACUCUGGAGCUGUGAGUGUGUGUGUGUGUGUGUGCUCACAUAGGUGAGGUGUGUGCGUGCCGUCAGCACAGCAGGAUGGGGAAGGUAUCUGCAUGAACGUAGUAGAGAUAAUGGCUUUGCUCAGAAAAAGAGAAAGAGAUGAGAUGUGCAGAGAAAAAAAGAAGAGAUGUGCAGAGUCAAGUUGAGACCAGAAGGGACCGCAGAGGCCUGGAGAGAAGAGGGGAUGAUGCUCCCAGGGGCCUGCUGGCUCCCCCCCUCUAAUCCAGCCCUCUUGCCCAGCCCUUCUUGAAGCUCAAAUCCAUGCUACUUCCUUUGGGUCCUUGUGAGAUUCCCUUGUUAGGAUACACUCUCCUAUUUUGCUCAAGUUCAUUUGAAUGAGUAAUAAUAUCGAUUACUUUGCAACCAAGAGAGCUCUGAAGGAGAUAAAUACUUGUAUGCUAAAGCAGUGUUUCUUGAAUUUCAGCCGUUUAUGUACCCAUAUCAUGAGUUUCGCAAGAUCCAUGUACCAUCUGUAUGUUUUGCUCAAUAAAUAUUUUUCUCUA